GUGACGAAACACAAUUUUGGUGGCUUUGACACAAGAUGCUGUCAAUAUGCUGAAAAUUCAGUAACUACAUCUUUGUCGACUUCGCAGCGUUCAACGCCACUACACCUCCUCCGCCGCAAGAACAGUGCAGAAACUGGCUGGAGCUGCCGACCGUGAAUCAGUGGGCCGACGGCUGCUACCGCCAGUUCCUCAGCGGCUCCUCGCAGUUCUGCUACCUGGUGGGCAUCGCCCUGGGCGGCGCCGUGUGCAUGCGGCUCCUGCGGGACUGCAGCCCGCGCACCGUCCUGCUGCUCGCGCUCGUCGCCGAGGCCUGCCUCGCGCUGCUGCUCUCCGUCGUGCAGGUGUUCUGGGCCCACGCCACGGUGCGCUUCUUCCUCGCCAUCUCCAGCGCGCACCUCUUCACCUCGGCCGCCACGCUGAGCGGGGACGUGUGUACCGGAAGAGCAAAGAUGCUGACCGCCAGCCUCUACGAGAUCUGGUGGUCCAUCGGCAUCAUAGCCAUUUCCGUGUUCGGCGGGUACGCCCUGAACUGGACGUGUUUGCAGGCGCUGGUGUCGCUGCCGUCGUUCUCGCUGAUCGUGCCGUGCGCGCUGCUGCUGCCCGAGUCCCCCCGCUGGCUGGUGCAGCGCGGCCGCCUGGACGAGGCCGUCGCCGUGUGGGAGCGCGGGGCGCGCACCAACGGCGUCGACGGGCAGGUGCUGCCGCCCAGGGCGGCCCUCAUCGCGCGCCUCGAGCAGCAGGCCGCAGCGGCGCGCGCCCAUCGCAGGGCGGAGCACAGCGCGUGGUCGUGCCCCGCGAUCCCGGAGCGCGGCGGCGCCGCGGCCGGGCGCUGCCGCCACCUCGUCAAGCUGCUGGCCGCGCACGUCCUGUUCGGCUGCGUGACCAACACCUUCUUCGGCAGCAUCCUGAACGUGCGGAACUGGGGCACGCCGGGCAUGGAGGGGCUCUCGACCGGAGAGGCGACGGCGGGCGUGAGCGGCAUCCUGGGCUUCCUGCUGGGCACCGUCCUCCUCACCCGGUGCUCUCGCCCCCUUCUGUGGCUCGGCGCGGUGCUCGUGGCGUGCGGCUCCGCGGGGCAGCUGGCGCACCUCGUAGGGCCGGGUGGAGGCGCAGUGCCGUGCGGCGUGCAGGUGACGCUGUGCGCGCUGGCGGAGCGCGUGGCCGUGGCCCUGGCCGUGCCCACCAUCGCCCAGUGCGUGCCGCCGCUGUUCGCCGCGCCCCAGAGGACCUCCCUCGUCUUCUCCUGCAUCCUGUUCGGCAGGAUCUGUCUGCUGGCCGCGCCCUUCGUCGGCAACCUGGUGGUGUACGGCGAGGCCCUCCCCCUCACGGCCUUCGGGCUGCAGCUCGUGCUCGCCGGCCUGUGCGCGCUUGCACUGGCGCUCCUGCACGCCUCCGAGGAUCGCGCCGCGCGCAAGGACCCCGUGAGCUGACGCCCCGCCCUCUGUCGGAAGUGACCGCCGAUAACUUCGAACUACCGUCUGUGAUAAUCGACGUAUUUCAUCUCACUAGUCUUAAGGAUUCCACCUUUGUCAGCGCAUUUAAAGCGAACGGAGUGAACUUCGCUUUCCGCUUGACCCCGAGAGAGAUAUCAAACAGAUCUGUUAAGUGCGUACAUUUUGUACAAACCGUUAUUUUUCAGCAGUUUUACUAUGCAUGUAUACAGUCCAUUCGUACUAAAAAAAUUGCAAUGCAAUUUCUUGUUCUGAUACUCAUACGAGUUGGCAAAGGCAGACGUCAUAUUAUAUAUUGUGAGUCUACUGUACCUUGUGACAGUUUCCAAAAAAGGUUCUUUGCAACACAAAAAGUUCAAUAUACUCGAAACUGUGUGUACAAUCCAAGA